AUGUCUAAUCUUCUCUCGAUACCGCUCAAGAAGACCUAUACGAUCGACGUGAAAGAAGCAAUUCGCAAGUAUCUUCUCGAACAUGGGGAAACUCACCCGGACGCUGUGAAAUCGGACAUCAACCUUUGGGAACAACUCAGGCAGUGCGGAAUUGGAGGAGAAAUUCAUUAUAACAGGAUCGAUGACAUGCUUAGGUAUCAGGCCCACUUGACUUCCAUUUUGACGAAACUACCGACCGAUAUACAACUGGAGAUACCUUACGCGCCGGUGUUCUCACCAUCUGCACUUCCUGUCACACUACGAAACCUUGUCUUUGAAAGGGCUGCGGUUAUAUUUAAUUUAGCUGCUUUAUAUUCACAGCUGGCCGGUGGAGAGGAUCGAGCUGUGGGUGAUGGAAUUAAACGCGCUGCUGCAUUUUACCAGCAUGCGUCAGGAGCUCUACAAUUCCUCAGAAUCUACGUCUUGCCUAAGCUAGUGUUUUCACCGGAAGACGAACAACAACCUCUAGAUCUCUCUACACCCGUCGUUCAAGGACUAGAAUGGCUCAUGUUAGCACAAGCACAAGAAUGCUUCUGGCAAAAGGCCCGACUGGAUAAUUUUAAGAAUAGUUUGAUUUCGAAGUUAGCGGCGAGCACCUCCGUUCUGUAUCAACACGCAUUCAAUGCAAUAAACGAUGCGAGGCCACCUGUGAAACAAUUGUUUCCAACGGAUUGGUUAGCCCAUGUUGAAGCCAAACAACAUCACUUUGACGCCGUAGCUCAAUACCGCAAAAGCAGAGAAGAAUUAGAAGCCAGCAGAUACGGGUCUGAAUUAGCGCAUCUGACACAAGCUUUAGCUGGAGCGAAACGUGCCCACGAUAUUGCUAGGAAAGGGAAAGCAUCCCCCGCAGUACGACAAGAUAUUCAGUCCCUUCUCGAAGCAGUACAGAAGGAUUUUGCGCGUGCUGAACGCGAUAACGAUUUGAUAUACCAUCAAGAUGUUCCCGUCGCCUCUUCUCUUCCUUCGAUUCCCCAUGCUGCUGUUGCACAAGUCACAGUACCCAAAGAACUUACAAACCCAAAUAGUAUUGUUGCCAGUGAGGAUAUGAUAUUUUCUGAAUUAGUCGGUUGGGGUGCGCGGCAAGCCAUUAAUAUCUACUAUGACAGACGGAAAAAUUUAAUACAAGAUGAGCUGGUCACCGUAUCACUCCAGGUACAAGAGGAAGACGAAAGAACGUUACAAGAGCUGAACCUUCCAGGAUCGCUGGAAGCCCUGGAGCGUCCCGUUGGUCUCCCCCCAAGUCUGCUCAAGAAAGUGGAAGAAGUCCGCCUGGAAAACGGCCCUGUCAAAAUAGAAGCAGCUAUUCGAGACCUGGGUAGGAUGGCACGUCAGAACAUGAAGAUUCUUGAUGAGGCAAUGGACAUCCUUGAUCAUGAGGUCUCCGAGGAUGAAGCUACGCGAGGGACGACGUCUCUGAACCGUCCGCCAUCACACGAAGCGAACGUCCAUCUAGUUGAAAAAGAGCAGCGGUAUCGUGCCAUACUGAAGCAAGCCGCGGAAAGUGACGAGACCAUUCGGACCAAAUGGGACCAAUGGGAAAUCAACAUCACAGAACUGACUUGGGACGAGACAGAUCUUGAAGCUUCUAUACCGUCCUCAACGACAAUUGGAACCUCGGUAACUCCUGAGGUUACAGGACAUGCUCGAAAUCUUCGGGUUUAUCUGGAAGACUUGGACCGACUGCAAUCUGAACGAGAAGACAUUGUGCGACGAGCGAAAAAACUCGCGGAAGUAGACGAUAUUCGGCAACGUAUCCUGAAAGUCGCUGGAGGUUUCGAAAGGCUAGGCGAAGUCCAACCAGCGAUGUUUGAGGAUGUCUUUGACGAGGAGCUAGCCAAGUAUGACAAGUUCAUUAAACUGAUGAACGAUCUACAGCCACGGCAAGAACAGCUGCUCAACUCGAUUAGAGCGGAACACAAGCUAUUCAUACAGUCACGGAAGGAUGACACUACCGUCAAAGAGAGAGAAAGAGCUCUUCAAUCGCUCGAACUCUCAUACCAUAAGUAUCAAGAAAUAGUCCACAAUCUUGAAGAGGGCAUCAAAUUCUACAAUAGUUUGAUCACGCUCCUUCUCCAGCUGAAGGAUGCAUGCAAGCAAUGGUGUAAUGAGAGGAGUCGUGAGGUGCAUGCUCUGUCGAGAUCGCUGCAUUCAGUGUCCGUCGCUGAAAACGGAAAUGAAGUCAUAAGGGUGGAAACAUCCCCUUCAACCUCAGGUCCUCUGCCGCGACAAGUGUCUGCCUUGCCACCAAUGGAUUCUAAUGAAUGGGGAUUCAAGUCCGUACCUUUACCCCCCGGACCGACAGUCAAGAAGACUGCCAGACGUUGA